CCCUGCGGCGCGCCGGAGGCGGGGCGGUCUCGCCAUGCUGCGCGCGCUGAGCCGCCUGGGCUUGCGGCCCGCGGGCUGGCCCCCUGCCCCGCUUCUGCUGCCUGCGCGAGGCCGCAAGACUCGCCACGACCCACCAGCCAAAUCCAAGAUCGGGCGCGUGGCCACCCCGCCUGCGGUGGAUCCUGCAGAGCUCUUCGUGGUGACGGAGCGUUACCGGCAUUACCGCCAGACGAUGCGCGCCCUCAGGCUGGAGUUCGUGUUCGAGGUGCGUAAGAAGGUGUAUGAGGCCCGGUCCGGGGUCCUGGUAGAGCGCAAGGCGCAGGAGGAAGCCGCGAAGCACCGCGAGCUGAUGGCCUGGAACGAGGCGGAGAACCGGCGGCUGCACGAGCUGCGGUUAGCCCGGCUGCGGCAAGAGGCGCAGGAGCAGGAGCGGCGGCAGGCCGAGGAGGAGGCCCGGCGGGCCGCGGAGGCGCAGGCCUGGGCGCAGCUCAAGGAGCAGGAAGUGCUGCAGCUGCAGGAGGAGGCAAAAAACUUCAUCACCCGAGAGAACCUGGAGGCACGGGUGGAAGAAGCGUUGGACUCCCCAAAGAGCUACAACUGGGCCAUCACCAGAGAGGGGCUGGUAGUCAUGCCACAGCACAAGGGCUCCUGAGGGCCCAAUAAGGACAGUGCCCACCCAGGGGCCAUGUGUGUAUGGGGGUAGGAGGGUUGGGCCUGAUCUGGAAUAAAGCAGUUGGUAUUUAUGAAGAAUGAGGCACAGCCUAUUCCAGUGCAGCCCUCACUUUCUAGCCUCUGCACCCACCAUGAAGUCAAAUUCCCACACACGGUGCCCCGUUCUGCACCCUUGUACAACUCUCAGCAAAGCACCAAACCUUAGGAGUUUCCAUCUCACAGAAAUGGAAUGUUAGUCCUCUCUAACAGCCAAGUUACCUCCCGAGUAUCAUCAAGGCAGUGGUUGGCAAAUUGCAGUCCUUGGGCCAAAUCUGGCCUAUUGCCUUUUUUUGUAAAUAAAGUGUAUUGGAACAUA